AUGGAUAUGGAUAAGAUUGCUGAAAUGUCGACUGAUGAAAAGCUGAACUUCAUAAUCGCAAAACUCUGCAAAUAUGAAACCCUGUUUUCAGAAAUUCACAAUAUAAAAGACGUCUCCCAACUAAACAAAAAUUUGGUUGGUUUGACAGAAGACAUAGCUGGCAUAAACGAAAAAAUAUGCCAACACGAAAAGGGAAUUGACAACAUGAAAAAAAUAAACAACAACAUUCUGAAUAAGGACACCUCAAUAAAUGAAACACUAAAAAAACAGGACAGCAAAAAUCGUGAAUUCGAAAAUAGAAUUGCUGCUCUUAAAGACGAGGCAAAUGACCUGAAACAAUAUGGACGAAGAACGAUGGUGACAAUCAAGGGCAUCCCAAGAAUAAAUGACGAGGACACAAAUGCAAUAGUUGUUGAGAUAAGCAAACACAUAAUGGAAAUUCCCUUGUCGAUUGGGGAUAUUGACAUAUCCCAUCGGACAUCAAAGGAUAAAGAUGGCAGUAUCAUUUUCAAGUUUGACAGCCGGAAAAAAAGAGAUAGUUUCUACAACUGUCGGCAUGAACUGUUCUCAAAAAAAAUCACAACAGCAGAUCUGGGAUAUAAUGACACAAAAGCAAACAUAUAUAUUAACGAAAGUUUGACAGCUAAAAACGGAGAUCUUUACAGUCAUGCGAGAAAGAAGCUCAAAAAUACCAAGUUAUAUAAAUACGUAUGGACAAAACAUGGAUCAGUAAAAGCUAAAAAAGAUGACAGUUUGAACUCAAAAACAGUGACAUUGCUAACUAAAGAGGAAAUAAACAAGCUAUAUUAUGACUCGUACCAGAACCAACAAAAUGAUCAAAUCAAUGAAUGA